AUGUCUUUCCAUCUCUCUGCCGAAGAUAUCCGCGUCGAGGACAACCACAUCCUCAGGGCCCGCCUCAGAAAGGAGGACGGCGAAUGGGUGGAUGCUGAGAUGGAUCUCAACGAGUACAUUGGAAACGAAAAUGGUAUGAUCCACUGGGAUGGUCAAAACUUCUCCCUCAGUGCUGAGGACGUCACAUUCCACAUUGAAGGUGGUGCACAAGUCCCAGUUCUCCGCACCCAUCUCCGCAGCAGGGAUGGUGAGGCGUUCAGCCGUGAUGUCAACCUUGCUGAGCGUAUUGGAAACAACGACGGAAGAUUUGAAUACAUUUAA